AUGGCUGGGAUCUUUAACGGCUGGUUGUUUAUCCAGACUCAUGGAGCUCCACAGGUCACCAUAUUUGACUUGGAGGAUUGGGACAGCACGCCCGAAAUGAAGGAAACAGUGAAACAGGAGCUAAGGGACAAUCGUUGGACCGAUGCAACCGAAUCUCAUUGCACGAAGAAAUCGACGAUUGAUCUCGCACACAGGCGUUUGAAGAUCGAUUACAGCCCCAGGGAACAUGCAGUUUGCAUCACCAACUAUAACAAUGAGGGUGGCCCAUCAUUGCACUACUUACUACGAGAUGGCCAAGCAGAGCGGUUCUUUAGGCACACAAUCAGUCCAAACGAGGAACAUAUAAUCCCAUUUGAAGAAGGUCACUGGCUCAUGACCUGGAUUAGGAACUAA